AUGGCGUCAACGGCCCGAACGGCAGGGCUCCUCCUCUGCCGACUUGCACGACCCAGAACAGUGAAGAUCAAGCCUAGAAGGACGGACAACCCGGGCGCUCUACUGCCGACUGUAUCAUCAUUCUCAACGUCUCAAUCUACUCCCGCACGCGGGACAGAGUACUUACAACUGCACGACCCUGAUCUGACCGAGUCACAACGCACCGUGCGCGAAGCGAUCAGCAAGGUAUGUGCCAAGUUCGACGACGCCUACUGGCUCAAUGCGGACAAGGAGCACCGGUUUCCAGUCGAGUUCCAUCAAGCAGUUGCGAAAGAUGGCUGGCUGGGAAUCUGUAUGCCGGCCGCGUACGGCGGGAGCGAGCUAGGCAUUGCCGAGGCGGCGGUCAUGGUGCAGACCAUCGCGGAGAGCGGAGCGGCGUACGCGGGAGCGAGCGCCGUUCACAUGAACAUCUUUGGACUCGAGCCCGUGCGCAAGUUCGGGACAGAGGAGCAGAAGCAGAGGAUGCUCGUGCCGCUGAUUGCCGGCAAGGAGAGGGCAUGCUUUGGCGUUACGGAGCCCAACACCGGCUUGGACACUCUCCGACUGCAGUCUCGAGCGGUCAAGGACGGUGAUCACUAUGUGCUCAGCGGGCAAAAGAUCUGGAUCUCCACGGCCCAGGUGGCGGAGAAGAUCUUGAUUUUGGUGCGGACGACACCGCUGGAGCAAGUUAAGAAACCCAGCCAGGGGCUGAGUUUGUUCUAUACAGAUCUCGACCGUACACAGGUCGAGGUCACCGAGAUUCCAAAAAUGGGUCGGGCAGCCGUGGACUCGAACACCCUGUUCUUCGACGGUUGGCGGGUUCCCAAAGAAGAUCUGAUCGGGGAGGAAAACAACGGGUUCAAAAUGAUCAUGCAUGGCAUGAAUGCAGAGCGGAUCUUGAUCGCCGCCGAAGCGCUGGGGAUUGGAUUCGCAGCCUUGCGACGGGCUGCUUUGUACGCCAACGAUCGCAAGGUGUUUGGUCGACCUAUAGGCCAGAAUCAGGCCAUUCAACAUCCGUUGGCCGAUAGCUGGAUGCAACUGGAAGCAGCGCGCCUGGUCAUCUAUCAAGCUGCCAGACUAUAUGAUGCAGGGUACGAAACGGGCGAGUACGCCAAUGCCGCCAAGUAUCUGGCUGCCGAGGCCGCCUUCCAGGCCUGUGAGAGAGCUGUUAUGACGCAUGGCGGCAUGGGGUAUGCUAAAGAAUAUCAUGUCGAGAGGUAUCUGCGCGAGAUCAUGAUCCCCAGGAUUGCUCCUGUCAGUCGCGAAAUGAUCCGAAAUUACAUUGGGGAAAGAGUCCUCGGGUUGCCCAGGUCAUACUGA